UCGUCUCCUAGUUUCGUUAACAUCACAAGCAAUUAAAGCAAAACACUCUUAGAAACAUAACAGCUGUCUGAAUAUCUCUCUCUCUCUUGUAAUGGCAUUCUCAAAAUCUCUAGGGUUCAUUCUUCUCGCUGCCAUCUUCGUUUCCUUCACGGUGGCUCAAUCUCCGGCUCCAGCUCCAUCUAACGGCGGAGGAAGGCGGAUCUCACCGGCGCACUCACCUAAGAAGGCGUUAUCUCCUGCACAAGCUGUCUCUCCUUCUCCUCAAACCGCGUUGACCCCUGAAUCAUCUGCCUCUCCUCCAUCGCCGCCUUCGGUUGAUUCUCCUUUAGCUGAUUCUCCUUCUGAUUCGUCGGCUGUUUCUCCCUCUUCGAUCUCUAACUCGCCGGCUCAAGCUCCCGCUCCUGUAAGCGGCGCCGUUUCGAACAGCUACGCGGUGUUUGGAUCCAUCGCUGUUAUGUUAUCUGCUGCCGUUUUGGCUAUGUAGGUUCGAGGAAUGAGAUUUAUUAGAUUUUUAGUAUUUAUUUAUUUACGAUAUAUAUGAGUUUUGGGAGAGCGAGAGAUGAUUCUUUAUUUUAUUUUUGUUAGUUUUUCUUUAUCAGAUUACUAUUUGUUUCUCCUUUUGUUGAUCUUAUGAGCCUUUUUCCAUAUUCCAUAUUAAUAUGAGUUUAUCAGAUUCAAAUA